UUUUGUUUUUUUUUUUUUUUCAUACUUUUUUACAUUUGAUAUACCCGUCUACUUUAUUACAUGGCAGCUCACCGAAGGUCUCAACACCGUAACUCUGUUGUUGCUAUCUCAGCUUCUAGUGUCAUUGGUGUUCAUUUUAAGAUUGGAAGAAAAAUAGGUGAAGGUAGUUUUGGUAUCAUUUAUGAAGGUAUCAAUCUACUCAACAAUCAUCAAGUCGCUAUCAAGUUUGAACCACGAAAAUCAGAUGCACCACAAUUACGUGAUGAAUUUCGAACAUAUAAGAUCUUAGCUGGGCUACCUGGUAUACCUCAAACUUUUUAUUUUGGUCAAGAAGGUAUGCACAAUAUUUUGGUAUUGGAAAUGCUUGGUCCUUCUUUGGAAGAUUUAUUUGAUAUGUGUUCAAGAACAUUCAGUGUGAAAACUGUAGCUAUGUUGGCAAAACAUAUGGUUUCUCGGGUUGAAAGUGUUCAUGAACGAAAUAUGAUUUACAGAGAUAUCAAACCUGACAACUUUUUGAUUGGUCGUCCUAACACGAAACACGCAAAUACAGUUUUUAUGAUCGAUUUUGGAAUGGCAAAACAAUACAGAGAUCCAAAAACGCAUCAACAUAUACCUUAUCGUGAACGAAAAUCACUCUCUGGAACAGCUCGAUAUAUGAGUGUCAAUACUCAUUUGGGAAGAGAACAAUCGCGAAGGGAUGAUCUCGAAGCAUUAGGUCAUGUAUUUAUGUACUUUUUAAGAGGAUCUUUACCGUGGCAAGGAUUGAAAGCAGCAACAAACAAACAGAAAUAUGAACGUAUUGGUGAAAAGAAACAAACUACAGUGGUCAAGGAUCUAUGUAAUGGAUAUCCUGAAGAAUUUGGAAUUUAUUUACAAUAUGCUCGACGACUUGGAUUUGAAGAACGACCAGAUUAUGAUUUUCUGCGUGGACUAUUUACAAAAGUACUAACCAACAUUGGUGAAGUGGAUGAUGGUGUUUACGAUUGGGAUCUUUUGAAUGAAGGCAAAGGCUGGGAAUAUCAGCCACAAAGACGUCAUGGGAUCAUGGGUGUAUUGAAUCAUACAACAACUGGUAUGGCUGGUAGUGCUGGAAAGGAUCCAACAUGGCGUCACAUCACAAAGAGACCCAAUAACAAGUAUCAAUAUCGACCUAUUCAACAACCACAGUCUUAUCAAAGAAUCAGCAACAACGCGUUACAUGAUACUUCUCAGAUAGCCGAAUCUAUUCACAAGCGUGAUACCUUUUGUUGUUGUCCUUUUACCUUUUCUUAGGCUUUAUCCUCAUCUUACAUACUAUUUAUUUUAUUUUAUUUUUUUUUAUUU